UAAUUACACAGCCCCACUGUCUUCCAUUCCCUCCGUCUUUAUCCCUCAAAAACACCAAUUUCCAUUCAUUUCAAGACUCUCUCUCUCUCUGCACUGUCUGUUCUUGGCUUCAAUGGCUUCCUCAUCCUCUACAAAAGCCUGCUUCCAGUGCCGCGACUCCAACUCCACCCACUUCCGCAACGGCUGGCGGCUCCGGAGCGGACAGUUCGCUCAGCUCUGCAAUCGAUGCGCUUCCUUGUAUGAAGAGGGAAGAUUCUGUGAAACAUUUCAUUCAAAUGAUGAGGGUUGGAGGGACUGCGAAUCUUGUGGAAAGCAGAUGGUUCACUGUGGGUGCAUUGUGUCAUUCCUAGCAUUUACGCUGUUGGAUUUCGGUGGAGUGGUCUGCAUGCAAUGUUCGAGGAUGAAUUUCAUUCUGGCUCGAAAACGAUGUCUCCAUUCCGAAACUCAAAUAGGAAAUGGAGAAACUCAAGGGGAUGCUGCUAAGCGAAUCCAGAUAGAUCCUCAAUAUUGGCCUCGGGUGACUGAUCUAGAGUUACAACAGAUCGGCAGAAAAACAAAAUCUGUUGUCAUUCCUUUGUUCGAGAAAUUAUUGUCUGCUAGUGACGCUGAUCACAAGCUGGCACGUCUCGUGAUACCCAAAAGAUGUGCAGAAGCAUUUUUCCCCCAAAUUACUUCCCCGCAUGGGUGUCCUGUCAAAAUCCAGGACACAGAAGGCAAGGAAUGGGGAUUCCACUUCUGCUAUUGGCUCAAUAAUGGCAGCAAGAUGUAUGUUCUUGAAGGGCUUAAAGAUUAUAUCGGUUCAAUGCAAUGGCAAGCAGGUGACAUAGUGACAUUUUACAGGAUUGAACCCGAAAAAAAGUUGGUCAUGGGAUUGAGAAAGACUUGCGCCGGUGUAACACCUUAUGAGGUUAAGGGUAAUGUUCAUUAACAAGAUUAUUUUCCAAAUUUUAUGGCUUCUUGGGGAUGCUGUUGAUGGUUUCUAUAAAAAUGCUUUCAGCCAAGGACUAGUUUGUUAGUUGUAAAGCAACUAUUCAUGUGUUGUUGCUGUGAUUAUCCUGUUUGUCAACACUAAGUUGGAGGGAUUAGAACAGAACACAGCAAUUCACAGCUUUCAGUACUACUUAAAUAUAUCAUCUCCAGCACAAUCGGUUUUCUUGAACGGCAAAGAAAGAUUUCAUAAAGAACAAUUGUGCUAGAGUUGAUGUAUUUAAGUAGUACUGGAGUUGAAAUAUUCAACUCCAGUACAAUCGGUAGAUCGAUCUGUUGUGGGUUUUUUUCCCCCCCCCCCCCUGUUUCAAGAAAAGAUCUGCUUUGUUUUCUUGUUGGAAUUUUGUUGUAGUCUCUGUUUUUUAUGGGGGUCAUUGACCUGAAACAUGGCACUUGGUAGAUGAAGUUUUAAGGUUGUGGAUUUGAAUAUGAAAGCAGCCAAAUUAUGUGGUGCUCA